AUGCCUAAACUAACUCCUACAAAGAAAGUAUGGAUGUCGCUGAAUAUGCUGUUUGUGGCAAACUACUCACUGUACGUAAUUCUCCAUUUGCUAAGAAUUCCUCUGUAUCCACUUCCGAACUUCGUCAACGUCAUGAGUCUGGUGUUGUCUUAUUCUAUAUCGUUGCUUCCGCAUCUAUCUUCAAUAGGUGAAGUGGUUGCACAGCCAAAUGUGUAUUGUAUCGCAGUCUUUCUUACUUUUCCUCACGAAAUGCUCCUACUUCCGUUCUAUUUGCUGGCGAUAUAUCACAUGAGCUCAUUUGUGUUGUCUAAUAGAAAAAUAUUCGAAACAUCAUGUAUUUAUCCAGUGUGUGUGUCACUGUCUGCACAUCAUGUUGCACUUGGUAGACUGGCAUUGCUUGCAGAAGCAUUUACUGUUCCAGUCUCGUUCUUGAUGAUCUUCUUCAGGAAGUCUAGCAUUGUCACAUGCACGGCGCUUGUUGCAAUGGUGAGGCAGCAAUACUUCACCAAUCCAGCAAUGAAGAGUGUGUUUGGAGAAAUACGUGUGCUCAUGGACAAGUGGAUCCUUAGUUGUCCAGCUGAUAUACAGGAAUACUACCGGAAAGGCAGAGAUUUUUUGGUGUCCACUCACACAGCCAAGAAGCUAAAUUAA